AGUUAUUUUUAUUUUGGCACACAGCUUUUACUUGUUGUUUGCUGCUUUGUUGUGCACAAGCGGUGCCAUGAAUUUGUCACGUUCUCCUGCCCUGGCGCUGACAAGGGCCCAGCCUCUGAUGACCCCCGGAGCAAGCACAAGUUCAAGAUCCACACCUACUCCAGCCCCACAUUUUGUGACCACUGUGGCUCGCUGCUUUAUGGACUUAUCCACCAGGGGAUGAAAUGUGACACCUGCAUGAUGAACGUCCACAAGCGCUGCGUGAUGAACGUCCCCAGCCUCUGUGGCACUGACCACACGGAGCGUCGAGGCCGCAUUUACAUCCAGGCCCAUAUCGACAGGGACAUCCUCAUUGUUGUUGUUAGAGAUGCUAAAAACCUUGUACCUAUGGACCCUAAUGGCUUAUCAGACCCCUACGUCAAACUGAAACUGAUUCCUGACCCCAAAAGUGAGAGCAAGCAGAAGACCAAAACCAUCAAGUGUUCCCUCAACCCUGAAUGGAACGAGACCUUCCGGUUUCAGCUGAAAGAAUCAGACAAGGACAGGAGGCUCUCUGUGGAGAUUUGGGACUGGGAUCUGACCAGCAGGAAUGACUUCAUGGGCUCAUUGUCAUUUGGGAUUUCUGAACUGCAAAAAGCUGGUGUUGAUGGCUGGUUCAAGUUACUGAGCCAGGAGGAAGGCGAAUACUUCAAUGUGCCUGUGCCACCAGAAGGGAGCGAGGGCAAUGAGGAGCUGCGGCAGAAAUUUGAGAGGGCCAAGGUUGGGCAGGGGACCAAGACCCCAGAAGAGAAGACAACCAACACUAUUUCCAAGUUUGACAACAGUGGUAACAGGGACCGGGUGAAACUGACCGACUUUAACUUCCUGAUGGUGCUGGGGAAGGGCAGCUUUGGCAAGGUCAUGCUGUCAGAACGGAAGGGCACAGAUGAGCUCUAUGCUGUGAAGAUCCUGAAGAAGGAUGUGGUGAUUCAAGAUGAUGAUGUGGAGUGCACAAUGGUGGAGAAGCGGGUGCUGGCCUUGCCUGGGAAGCCACCGUUCCUGACCCAGCUCCACUCCUGUUUCCAGACUAUGGACCGCCUGUACUUUGUGAUGGAGUAUGUGAAUGGGGGUGACCUCAUGUACCACAUCCAGCAAGUUGGCCGGUUCAAGGAGCCCCAUGCUGUAUUUUAUGCUGCAGAAAUUGCCAUAGGUCUGUUCUUCUUACAGAGCAAGGGCAUUAUUUACCGUGACCUCAAACUUGACAACGUGAUGCUGGACUCUGAGGGGCACAUCAAGAUUGCUGACUUUGGCAUGUGUAAGGAGAAUAUCUGGGACGGGGUGACAACCAAGACAUUCUGUGGGACCCCAGACUACAUCGCCCCAGAGAUCAUUGCUUAUCAGCCCUAUGGGAAGUCCGUGGAUUGGUGGGCAUUCGGAGUCCUGCUGUACGAAAUGUUGGCUGGGCAGGCACCUUUCGAAGGGGAAGAUGAGGAUGAACUCUUCCAAUCCAUCAUGGAACACAACGUGGCUUAUCCCAAGUCCAUGUCCAAGGAGGCUGUGGCCAUCUGCAAAGGACUGAUGACCAAGCAUCCAGGCAAACGCCUGGGUUGUGGACCUGAAGGGGAACGUGACAUCAAGGAACACGCAUUUUUCCGGUAUAUUGAUUGGGAGAAACUUGAACGCAAAGAGAUUCAGCCUCCAUAUAAACCAAAAGCUUGUGGGCGAAAUGCUGAAAACUUCGACCGAUUUUUCACCCGCCAUCCACCAGUCCUAACACCUCCUGACCAGGAAGUCAUCAGGAAUAUUGACCAAUCAGAAUUCGAAGGAUUUUCCUUUGUUAACUCUGAAUUUUUAAAACCUGAAGUCAAGAGCUAAGUAGCUGUGUAGAUCUCCGUCCUUCAUUUCUGUCAUUCGAGCUCAACGGCUAUUGUGGUGACAUUUCCUUUUCAUUGCCGAGUUGCAUCCAUGUUUUGUUUUCUGAUAAAACUAGAGUGACCAUGUUGCAGAACCCAAAAGUCCUCAGGUAGCUUGGAGCAUCUCUACGAGAUGGAAUUAUGCAGGUGGCAUACAGAAAAUGUUGCUGCAUAAUUGGGACAUUGUCAAAGUCCUCUUUCAAUGUAUGUCCCCAGCGUGUCGGUUCCAUAAGUCCAGUGGGAAGAGAAAAAUGCUUGCUUUCUCUCCCUCAUUUUGUGCACUGCCAUUUUUACCCCAGCCAUCCAAUCUAGUUCAUUCCUACAAAAUGGGUAAAUGAAUUGGAUGCUGGCAGUAUUCGCUCCCUUCCUGGCGGGGAGUCCUUCCUGGCUUGUGUCCAAGUCCAUGGUUGCUUUGCCCUAGAGGGAACCCCUCCACACUGCCUGUUCUGGAGGCAGUAGACCUUUGAAAAGAAUAUGCUAAAAAUAAAAUUUUAUUUUUACUUUUUUUAACUCAAAGCUAAGAAGAUUAUCUAAGUCCUUCUAAAAUUUCAUGAGUGUGCUUUUAGACAGUUUCAAUCUAAAAGCACUUCCAGGGGUCAAAAGGCAACCAGCUUGGGUGCUGCCUCCACACUGUCCUUUCUGCUGCUGUAUGUCCCUGACCACCCCCCCACUCCCCAUCCCCAAACUACUCCAAAGGGCAUUUGGCACAAUUCCCUGAAACAACAUGGUCACUCUAGUAAGGUCCCAAAGGGACAUGGUUUUACAUUGCAUUUCAAACUUUAUUUGCUUUGGGGUUUUCUGUUGUUUAAGUGCA